UGUAAACUUCGAAACUGGCCCCCAAUUCGAGGGGGCGGUGCUGCAGCCAGCACAAAAGCGAAUUCGCGACUUACGCCCGGUAUCCCCGCCUUUUACUGGCUUGAGGGUGGCGUGCAGUCUUUCACGUAUCUCUAUCGUGUUCCUGCUUUCCUCGUUACUAACGGCUUCCUUCUUGUAUCGCAUGCACAACCGAGCGCGUGAUGGUUUGUGAUAGUUGCGUGUUCACUUUUCCGCUCUCACGAUGAUACGGAAACUAUCCCAGUUCUCAUCCACUUUCAGCACAGCACCCUCACACUUUACAACAUUCUGGCGCCAACCGCAUCAACAAGCGGCCAAAGACAUCCGCAGAAGAUGGCGGCGCUGUGCACUUUGGAUACUUCUCGCAGCAUGGCUUGCACUCUUGUUGUUUGCCUUUGCUGUACUAAUAGCGCCAACUUCCAGCGUUGAUUCUGGAUCUCAACCAGCCUGUUUACCCGACGAUUCUUUUGCGCUGGACCCAUCGAAGUUUCGAUUCUUCAGCAAAUCUGGCUUCUUCCAGAUUACAUUGGGAUUUGGGCAUAUGAACUUCACAGAGGUGAAAACUAUAGACAUUGCCUGGGACAUCCUAGUCGGCCGCGGUGGUCAAGCUCUCGUCGCGUAUAUCUCCUGGCGCGUCUUCGCUCAGUAUGUUACAACAUCCAUGGAAGUCACGCCUGUCACGUUUGGGACAUAUCGAACGAUUUUUCUCCCGAACGGCGGCCUUUUCGUUUCUACCCUGUGUAUGAUCCGCGAUUUCGUGAGACGUCACGGGCUACAUUCGAAGAUAGCCAUGGUCUUCAUGGUGUGCACCAUGACUUUCACCUUUGUGUACCCGACCAUCGCCAGUGCAAUGACGGGUUAUAGCGCGAAUGUUGAUGCUUUUAUCCAAACAACAGGAGGCGAAUACGUCCCUUUCAACGCAUUUAGCUUCGCAUACUUUGUCAUCCAUGACGGUUCGCGGAUCGGUUUAGAAGACGAUCAUAUUGCACUAGAUAAAGAUCCUGAAAAGAGCAAUUACCAAUUCUCAAACAGCUUUGAACCAGUGGUUCCAUCGCUCGGCUCGCUUGAUGGGAGGUUCAGCACGUGUCAUGAAAAACAUUUCGGUUCGAGUGGCGACAGGGAAUUUAACAGUACGACCUGUGAGUUGCAGCGCAACGUAUCUAGGUACGCUGCAGAGUACGGCUUCAACAGAGGAGACAAGAUAAAUUCUACCUUUGGGGGGCAACUUCUGCCGCCACCUACACUCAACAUCUCAGCGCUAUCUUUGAUCAAAACGGAUUCUUCAGAGUAUACUUUUUAUGAAGACCGAUUCUUUAGAAUCACUAACGAUCCAUCGGAAAUGCUAUGGGCAUACGAUAACAAAACGUACAAUUUCAAAUACCUACAAGAGAAUGGGAAGUGUCAGGCUGCGCUGGACUACAAAUGAGGAUUCUCAUACAUCCAACUAUUCAUUAUGGUAAUCUUCCACAUAGUCUGGACUCUUGGACUUUUCACCAUGUGGAUCAGAGCCUGCAUGGUUAUGAAGAAACGAGGGCGAAGCAGAGAAGACGUGGCAGGAGAAAAUAAAGCUGUCUUCGAACUUGCAGCCGCGAUGCGAGAGCAAAUGAACGAGCCU